GCAGGCCAGAGUAUUGAUUUAUUUUUAUUACGUUGUUGAUUGAAAUAUGUGAUGUUUAAUAUUAAUAAGCUGUUUUAGGCUUUUUUAAAAGCUCAAUUUUUAAUGUGUUGAAAAAUUUAUUAAAUUUUAAAUGUGAAACUUUAUGUGUGUUUUUAUCUGAAAACGAGGAACAAAGUUUUGGAUUAUUUAAGAUGAAUGGAUUUAAAAUUCAGGGUCUUCGACCAGGGGCAGGGUGGGAUCGAGUACGUGAGGCUCUACCCCGAUUAACCUGCCCCACGAUGCCAGCCCAUGCUAGGCCACGUUCUGGGUGGUGUGGUUGUUUACAGAAUGACGAACCACCAGAGAUUACGUACUGUGUUGUGGAAGCAACGGGCACAUUACAAGCACUCACUCCAACACAACCAAUGCCACCUCAAGCUGAAUUGGAUGCUCGAUUCGCGGAAUUGGUGGAAGAACUUGAUCUCAGUGCGCCCAACAAAGCGGCUAUGCUUAGUUUGCCAUCACAUAAAAAAUGGCAAAUAUACUGCUCAAGAAAAUUAGGUGUAGAAAGUGGUGCUGAACAAAAUCAAGAGCAUGCACCCGAACACUAUACACAAAAGCUCAAAGAAUUUUUGGAUUGGCCUGAAGAUUUUACCGGCGAUGAUAAUGACGAAACGAUUAAGUCGCAAACAAAACAAGUUGAUGGCUUAAAAACAGCGUUACGUACAUCUACGCAUAGUUUUGUGCUACGGUUUAUCGAGCUGGGAGGACUUGUGGCGUUACUGGAUUGUUUAAAAGCGUUACCAUAUGCAGCGGCUCAAAGCUCAUUGCAUACAAGUUUAAUUGGAUGCAUAAAAGCACUCAUGAAUAACUCGCAUGGUCGAGCCCACGUGUUAGCUCAUCCCACAGGAAUAAAUGUAAUAUCACAAUCGUUAAGCUCGGAAAAUAUCAAAACAAAAGUUGCCGUUCUCGAAAUAUUAGGUGCUGUAUGUUUAGUUCCAGGCGGACAUCGAAAAAUUCUCGAUGCAAUGCAACAUUAUCAACAAUUUGCAUUCGAACGAACACGAUUUCAAGGAAUUAUAAACGACUUAGAUCGUUCGACUGGUGUUUAUCGUGACGAAGUUAAUUUAAAAACGGCAAUUAUGUCAUUCGUAAAUGCUGUGUUAAAUUAUGGUCUUUGUCAGGAAAAUUUAGAAUUCAGGUUACAUUUGAGGUACGAAUUUUUAAUGUUAGGCAUUCAACCUAUAAUCGAUAAAUUACGUGGUCAUGAGAAUGAAAUGUUAAAUCGGCAUUUGGAUUUCUUUGAAAUGGUUCGAAAUGAGGACGAAAAGGAAUUAGCCAGACGUUUUGAACAGGAGCAUAUUGAUACGAAAAGUGCGUCAGCUAUGUUUGAUAUUGUACGUCGAAAGCUAAGUCAUACAGCUGCUUAUCCACAUUUACUCUCCUUAUUGGAACAUUGUCUGUUAUUACCAUUGGAUUAUGGAUCACAUCCUCAACAUUGGUUAUUGUUUGAUCGAAUUGUUCAACAAAUUGUUUUACAAUCCACGGAAGCUGAGACAAAUAGCGUGAAAAAUCCAGAUGUUGCCCCAAUUGAAAUUAAUGUUAAGGAAAUUGUACAUUUAUUAGCAAAAGAAGAAGAAUUAGUGGCAGCUCGAAAAAAAGCUGAAGAACUUGAACACGAAAAUACAGAAAUAUCAAAUCGUCUCGCGAAAAAAGAACAAGAAUUAGAUUUGCGAACACAAGAAAAAGAGGACGCCGAAUCAAGUUUAGCACGAUUUAAGGAACGUUUAGAAAAAGAAACAGCCUCACAUAUCGAAACACGACAACGAGUCAGUGAGCUCGAAUAUAAAACCGCUGAAUUAGAUCGUAUGGUGAACAACGAACGGUGCGAAAGACUUCGGCUCGAACAAUUAGUCAGUUCUGGUAGUAUACCAGACGAUGCCAAAGUGAUGGGACUAAAUAUAUCCAAUGGAACGGAUAAAGAUUUCAAAGCAUCUGACUUCUUACCCCCACCACCUCCUCCAAUCAUGGCAGCACCUCCACCUCCUCCCGCUCCAGGACCACCACCACUACCAUUAUCAACACCGCCCGUAGCACCACCACCGAAUGCACCGCCAAUACGAAUGGAAACAAAACGUAAUGUACCACAACCAUCGAAUCCAUUAAAAUCAUUUAAUUGGUCCAAGUUACCGGAGACCAAAUUAAAUGGAACAAUUUGGAAUGAAUUAGAUGAUUCUAAAUUGUAUAAUGCCAUGGAAUUGGAAUGUAUUGAUCGAUUGUUUUGUGCAUAUCAAAAGAAUGGUGUUGUUAACGAUGGUUCUAUUGAGGAUUUACGACAAAUUGGUAAAAAUCGUACCAAAGUAUUGUCGGUUAUCGAUGGACGACGUGCUCAAAAUUGUACAAUUUUAUUGUCCAAAUUAAAAAUGUCUGAUGAAGAUAUUUCAAAAGUAAUAUUAAGUAUGGACAGUAAAGAACAAUUACCAAUCGAUAUGGUUGAACAAUUAUUAAAAUUUACACCAAGCACAGAAGAAGCAGCACUUUUAGAAGAACAUAGUGACGAAAUUGAUUCCUUAGCACGGGCAGAUCGUUUUCUUUACGAAAUAUCCAAAAUUCCUCACUACGAACAACGCUUGCGCAGCUUACACUAUAAGAAACGUUUUAAUUUAGCGCUAAACGAAGUUACACCGCGUAUCAACAGUGUUAUGGAAGCGUCUCGUGAAGUAGCAAGAUCAAGACGAUUACGUCGCUUACUUGAAUUAGUUCUUGCGUUAGGAAACUACAUGAAUCGUGGUGCUCGUGGCAAUGCAACUGGUUUCCGUUUAGCAUCUUUGAAUCGUUUAGCUGAUACAAAAUCGAGUGCAGCAAAAGGAACCACUUUGUUACAUUAUCUGGUGCAAAUAUUAGAAAAGAAGUUUAAGGAUAUAUUGAAAUUGGAUGAAGAACUAACUCAUGUAAGAGAUGCAGCUAAAGUGUCAUUGGGUGAGCUUGAAAAAGAUGUACGACAAUUGCGCGCUGGUUUGAAAGAAGUCGGCCGUGAAAUUGAAUAUCAUCGUGCUCAUAUGACACCACCAAAUCCUGCUGAUCGUUUUGUGCCUGUUAUGCGCGAGUUUCAAGCAACAGCCACAUGCCGUUUAGCAGAAUUGGAUGAUCAAUUCACAGAUAUGAAGACCCGAUUUGAUCGUGCUGUCCGCUUAUUUGGGGAAGAUCCAACAGCCAUUCAGCCCGAUGAGUUUUUCGGUAUCUUCGAUGCAUUCUUAACAGCAUUUGCUGAUGCUCAUCAAGACAAUGAAAAUAUGCGUAAACGUCAAGAAGAAGAAGAGAAACGUGCCAAGCAAGAGGCCGAAUUGAAAAAACGUACGAUGGAACGUAAAAGUAGUCGAGAAGGUAUCCUAUCAUCCGUAUCAAAAUCCUUAGGAUUACAAAAUGGUAGCAUCAAUGGUACAACCAACGGUAACCAUGAUAAGACCGAUGCAAAAGGUGAAUUCGACGAUUUAAUAUCAGCAUUACGUACGGGCGAUGUAUUUGGCGAAGAUAUGGCGAAAUUUAAACGAUCACGUAAAACACGCGUUUCAUCAGGAUCUCCCACGCGCACUCGAACAUCACUGCAUCGUGAAACUAGUCGCGAACGUACUGGUCGACGAUCGUAACAAUUUUAAUUGUUGAAAUUUGUUUUGUAAUUUAUUUUUUGACGGCAGAAAAUUUACAAAGUUUUCUGAACGAGAACUUUUUUUCUUGUACAUAGACAAUUUUUUUUUUUGUAGAGAAUGAGAAAGUUUUUAGAGCAAUUGUUGUGUAAUUGUAAAUGUUUUUUUGUUUAAUAGAUCGAUAUUUAGAUGGAUCUAUUGAUAGUAUCUUGUGGAAACGAGUAAUUUUAAAUAAAUACGUGCAAAAUUUUUGGAAGGUUUCUCCUUAAAUAAUCUAAGACUUUACUGCAGUUUUGAGAUUCACCUAACUGUCUCCUACAAGUCAUUUGAUGGCUGAAAAUGUUAAGAAUGUUUACACAAUAAUAAUUUAAAAAUCACGAUCCGAGAAAAUAAAAUUCCGAAAAAUUUUGCACAUAAAUAUUUCGAAUUACAAAGAUAUAUUUCUAAUAGAUCUAGUGACUUUAACAGAAAAAAUUGAAUUGCAGAAUUCAAUCUGUCCUUUUGCAUACUUAAACUAGUGAUAGAUCCUAAUGCGAAAUGUGAAAUUGUAUGCGUUCGUAGGUGUUACCAACCGCUGGAGGUUAAGAAAUAGGUCGUGUAUAUGUUCGUAACUUGUAAGAGAUAGAAGAAAACCAACCUAUGUUGCAAUGUUAUUCGUUAUAAAGUAACAAACAAUUUUUGUUCGAAAUAUUUCUCCGAAUAUUCUCUCUCUGUUUACAACCAGAAAAACAGAUAACACAAGAUAUUGCUAAGCCCCCUGUGUUUAUGUAGCACCUACGAUUGCAUAAAAUUUCGCAUUGGAAAUAAUUUCUAUUUUGAGUUUUAGAAAGGGCAGACUGUAUUCUACCAUUCCAUUUUUCUGUUAAAAUCGCCCGAUUUAUAUUUCCUAGAUCGUUUUAUAUAAUAUUUUUAAAAAAAUCAAAAAUAUACAAAAUGUAACAUUUAAAAUUAUGUUAUAUAAAAAAAAUAUUAAUGUUACGUAACAUAAAAAUUAUUCAAUAGAAAAUUUUUUGUAAUAAUAAUUCAAUGGUAUGUAGUUUUUAUCAUCGUAGGCGUUUUUUGAAAACAAAAAAUACAUAUUUACAAAAACACAGUAGAGUCCAGAAUAUUCUCAAAAAAAUUUUUAUAUACACAUAUUUGUAUGAUGCAUAAACGCACAUGGAAAAAAACUAAAAAAUUUGGGACUCUACUGCAAAACUAAUAAUACAGUUAACUUUUUAAUAUUUAUAAUAAUGAUAAUUCAAAUUUUACACUUUUAUAAAUAAAUAAAAUUUAAGUGUUUGUAUUCAUGACCAUAAAACGAAUCAAAAAUUAAUGGAAGGUCCAGAAAUUGUGCCCUGAUUUUUAUCAUCUACCUUAUAAUUUCUCCAUGAAUACUAAUGUAUUUUUAGUUAAAAUAAACUUGAUAAGUGGUCGUAAUUCAAAGAGAAUUUUGUUAGUAACGAAGUUAGCCCUUAAAGCUGAUACGGACUAUGGCCUAGAAGAAAUACUGCAUCAUAUGAUACUCAAAAUUUUCAAUUGAACGCCAGAGCGUUCGAAUCGGCGUUAUAUCCAAGCAAUUGGGGCAACAUCCCUCUUCAAAACAGUAAGAAUAAAAAUUAGUCAAUUCCUAAAAAUAUCCUGGUUCAUAUUUUAUGCACCCCUAUAAUAAAAUUCCCUGGAUCUGCGCUUAUUAUAAAUAACUGUACCCAUUUACAAAACAUUCCUGUUUUUAGCUUUUUAGAACAAAAAUUAUCACAAAUGUCAACAUAAACAUUUCAGUGCUGUCAGAAUUUACGUCAUAAUGUUACUUUGUUGAACUACAUGAGACCCCCUUCUACUUUCAUGACAACCUUAUAUGCAACGCACGUUGAGGUUUUUUAACUAAUAAAAAUACAUUAUUAUUCAUAUAAAAUAUUCAGGUGGUCGCCUUUAACAAUUUUUUAGAUAGGGUGCCUCAUUCAAAAAUUUUUAUUUCUACCAGAACGCCUUGGACCCCAUUAAUAUAUCACAUACAUCGACUAAUAAAACUUAAAUUUUUGAUACUACAAUUACUAAUAACUUAUAACAGUGAAUUGAUUUUUGAAACUCUUUUAAAACAAAACAGUGCCAAAAGGAAUUUUAUAAUGUAAUACAAAAAUUAGGAAAACGAACAGGAACACAACCCUACACCUAUACCCAGGAAAAAUUCAAGAAACGCUCGCGUCUUUCAAAAUGGAAUUACUUUUUUAAAUAAAGGAAUUGUGAAAACUAUAUAACUU